GUUCGUGGCUCUCCUCUCCGCCUCCGCACGGUUCUUCUGCGCCUCUACAUCCCCUCCAAGAUCUGGCCUUCAUGUCCUAUCGACGCAUGGGCUGCACAUAGGUCAUGGGUCUGGCCGGGCUCGCCGUCCUCCUUCUGGACAUUCAAUGUCAGGAAAUAGCACACCAGUGGCCGCCACGAACAGCCGGCCACCGGCCUCGUCGGAACUGCUGGCCUGCGGUGUCUGCCGUGCCUUGGGGAUCUGGCGCCAUCACCCUCCUGGAAUACCCCAUCCCUCUUAAUGCACCUCCAGACACGUUAAAGCACGUUCGUCACAGCCCGCGCGGGCCGCUGGGUAGCGGCGCCCGGGGCCUAGGCGGCUCCACAUUUGUGUUACCGAGGCCGCUUUACUUCAGAUGCCAGCCGGGGAUUAAUCGGCUGUCUGGGCCACUGUAAUCCGCUGGCCAUGACCGGUGACCAGCAGAGCACCAGUCACGAAGAGCGAUCGUGACUGCGGACCGGAGGAUUUGGAAGACUCGGGAGCGGGCAAAAUCAUUGAAUCAUGGGACAUGGUGUAGAUCGCGCUCGAGCGCAUUACGCAGCAAGCUGAGGCCAAGCCUUUGUUUGU